UCAUACAAAGAGUUCUUUUUUCAGCCAUUCAGUUUUAGUAAAUAGGUUUCUACACACACGUACGUGUAUAUACUUCUACAGCCUUUUUGGAAAUAUCUCUGUUAUGACUGGAGUGUUUAACUUUCGCAUGUCUUUAUACUGAUGUGACUGCAUGCAAGCAAUUUAUAAUACUUUAAUUAAUAUUAUUUGACGGACACGUAGUACCCACCCUCGUCUUGAUCUCAAUUAGAUAGACGUAAAUGUGUGUGAAAUAGAAAAGGGAUCGGAGUGAACUGCAUUGUUUCCGGAUCCUGUUCGUUUUCACAAAGUACGUGCAGGACAGUGGAUACAGUGAGCAUUCAACCCACCGCGUUCACUGAACACUUUUAACGAUGUCGGGAAAAGAAUUUUACCAAGGCAACACCUCGACAUCGCAGGUAGCAUUAACUGAUCGGGACGAACUCGCCACAGAACAAGGCGUUUCACCCGACUCAUCCCAGCCCUCGGCGACGUCGCACACCGCCUCGUCAUCCUUACGGUCAUCCGCUGGCAGUGCUACACCGAGCGAUGGAUACGGCGGCGUGAACGGAGCCGUGGUUGAUGAUGACAGUGCACCGAAUCUUGAUUGUGGAUGGUUUGGAUGUCGACCAGGCUGGUUACAGAAACUCAAGAAGCCGCCAUUCCUGCUACUUUCACUUUGCUUCGCAACCAUUCUCCAGGGUAUGAUAGUAAACGGCUUCACUCCCGGUUCCAUCACAUCCAUAGAGCGUCGUUUCGGUCUCUCCAGCCAGAGCACUGGUAUACUUGUCAGCGUCUACGACUUCACCAAUAUCAUCUUUGUGCUCUUCACCGUGUACGUCGGUGGGCGUGGUCACAAGAUCCGAUGGGUGGGCGUGGGCUGCGUCCUGAUUGGUCUAUCCGGCAUUCUCUACGCCCUGCCCCACUUCACCACCCCGCCUUACUCCUACGUGGACGCGACCGGUGGGGGUAACAGCUCCUCCAGCGGGGUGUGUGAUCGCAAUGGAACCGGAGUGGGCGACACCUGCGAGACGCCGGGAGGGGCUUCGACUUCGGAUCUGUCCAACUAUAUCUACAUGUUCUGCGCAGCACAAGUGGUAGCUGGGAUUGGUUCCCUGCCUUUGUACACGUUAGGUCUCACAGCAAUGGACGAGUCCGUGUCGAACAAGUCAUAUGGACCUUAUUUUGGUACGUUUUUCGCGUGUGUCGUUCUUGGGCCUGGAUUUGGAUUCAUCUUAUCGGGUUCAUUUCUGAACAUCUUCACAGAGAUCAGCAUACCUGAAGGAGUGACGUUAUCCACGUCUGAUCCCGGCUGGGUAGGAGCUUGGUGGUUGGGAUUCCUCAUCGUGGGUAGCAUCACCCUCCUCAUGAUCAUACCACUCAGUCUCUUCCCAAGAGAGUUUCCAACUACAGCUAAAAUCCGCACAGAGAAAGCUAAUCAAGCUCACGCCAACUCGGGCACGGAGGAAACAACGAGAGCUGGAUUCGGAGAACGUCCAUCAGACCUGCUGAGGGCGCUUCGCUACCUGUUUACCAACCCUACCUUCGUAUUCACGUGUUUAGGGGGCGUGGCCGAUGCGCUGCUCAUUAAUGGAUUCAACGCUUUCUUGCCAAAGGUCUUGGAGAAUCAGUUCUCUUUAUCGGCUGGUUUCGCGACCAUACUUACAGGUAUACUGUCUAUCUUUGGCGGUAUUUUCGGUUCCCUGACCGCUGGAUUCGUUCUGAAGCGUCUCAAACUGGAUAUCCGAGGUUUGCUCAAGUUGACUGCAGCUGCUAGCUUCCUAACGGGAGUUUUAUCGCUUAUCUUCCUCUGGCAUUGUCCUCAGCAACAACUAGCCGGUGUUACAGUGACCUACGUUGACAUGGCGAGUCUAGGGACGGGCACAAACAUAAACUUGACAUCAACUUGUAAUUCCAACUGCUCCUGCGCUGUCGAGCAGUUUCUCCCAGUGUGCGCAGGGGAUACAAACUAUUUCACACCUUGCCAUGCAGGUUGCGAGACAGAUCAUGACAACGGGACCUACGCAAACUGUGCAUGUCUGCAAGAAUCGAUACAGACUGUCGAUUCGGGAUUGUGCCGGACGUCGUGCAGCUAUCAACCUUAUGUCUUCGCCGUAGUCGCUGCCCUGUUCGUCUUCUUCGCCUUCUUCGCCCAGAUUCCCGACCUCAAUGUCAUCCUCAGGUGUGUGUCCGAUUCUCAACGGUCCAUGGCUCUUGGAGUCAACUCAAUGUUGAAACGCGGACUUGGAUCAGUACCAGGUCCUAUCCUGCUCGGUGCCGUGAUAGACCAGGCCUGCAUCCUGUGGCAGGACGUAUGUGGCACACGCGGUUCCUGCUGGAUCUACGACAACGCCAACCUAGCCUGGAGGAUGGCCGUCAUAGCCGUGUCUUUCAAAGCAGCGUCGUGCUGUAUGUAUCUCUUGGCCAUGUGGUUCUACAAGCCCGCAGUUAAGGAAGACAAGGAGCUGGAUGAGGUGGCUGGCAAAGAAAACAGAGGUGCAAGCUUUGAAUAGGAACCAUUCAUGGCACAAUCAAGCCACAUGGUGAAAAACAUGCAGACUCAUCCGUACAGGCCUCAAGUGGUCUAGAGAUAACCACGGUGCCUGUAUAAUAAUUAGGAGCUCAUUCAAAGUCCUUAUGCAACAACUCAACAGUAAACUUACUUCUACAACACUAACGUCCUUUGGUAAGACGUAAUCUACAUUUGCCACACUCCACCCAAGUGAGGUAAAUAGUUGCCAAGAGCACUUUGACUUUUUAAUUAAAUUUAUUCAAAAUGGUUCCAUACCAGUUACAUAAUAUAUGGAAUCUCCUGAACGCAGCCUUAAGCCUCUAUAUUCAGUUGCCAAUUCUGUCAUCGUUUUGAGUUGGCCGGGUAAUGAUAUCAUGGGCCAGAAAAGGGGAGGAGAAGAAAGAAAUAGUGGAGAAAAGGCAUGGUUGAAAACGUGCCUCACAAUAUUGUCUUUCUUCGUAUAUACAUGGAUGUGUUUGCAAACUUGGCUGUUAACCCUGAGAGGGUCAAUAUGACGGUGACAAUACGAGAUAACGCGUGUGUGAUUAACCAAUGUUGGCAGUGGCAGCGAAACAACCUAGAUAGCACACGCUAUGCUAAAUCUAUUUUUGGAGAAAAAUAAUUUAGAUAAUUAAACGUUUCAUACCUUGUUUUCAACCGCCAUUUUUGUAAAUAAAUUUGUAUGCAUUUCUAUCAUUAAAAAAAAUAUAUGAUGUGUGUGACAGUAACAUUCUAAGAAUGCAGGGGAAUACCCGCUGGGAACGCCAUGACAAGUAACAAUUUUGAUAUCUUUCAGUAUUAAAAUGUACUCCCUUUUUAACUGACUUCACAAUGCGGUUAAUGUAUUCGCCUGUGUAACUUAAUGUAUUCACAUUAUAAGAUAGUGAAAGAUCAAUGAAUUCAAAUCUAUACGUUGAUGUAUGGAUAACUAUAUUCCGAUACAGAUGUAUUCUUAAAUCUAUGAUGAUGUAAAUUUGCAUUCCCAUCUCUAAAUAAUGAUCAUGACAAUACAUAUAAGCUCCAGCUUAAGACGGCGUACUUAUGGAUUUUUUCAAUUUUGAAACUUAUUUGGUUUUUUUAAGGUAUAACUUUUAAUGAUUUAUAUUUUGAUAUGAUUAUAUAUGUAUUUUUGUUACUUUAGUUGAUAAUAUAUAUAUAUGUACCUAGUGUGUAUAUUACAUUUUAUUAUGUUGAAAAUGCAGAAAUAGAAUAAAACAAACAAACGAAGAAUACUCAGUAAUUUUGAAUUGUAUAAAUAGCGCCUAUUUCAUAGGAUUAGCGCGCUAAUAUUCUCAUCUUUAUGCUAAUAUCGGAAGUAUUAAUCUUCCUAUGUUCAAGUUUGACAGUGCAAUGUAUUCUCAUCUGUAAAUUCAAAUACAUACAUUCCUAAUCGAAGAGCAGAAAAUGCCACUAUCUUCAAAAAUCUGACUUAAACUGUCUUUCACUACAUCUCAUACUGAUAACAAAGGUAUGUAUAUAUAUAUAUCUGUAGCCAUAUAUAGCGCUGCAUAUAGGCCAGUUUCCUAAUGUUAAACAAUUCAAUGCAUCCGUCUUUGUUAAGUGCCUCGUUACAAAUUAUUUCAUUCACCUGUUACGAAUAAUUGUAAUUCACGAGAACGCGUAUUGCAUACAUCACACGUUGUUAGGUAAGGCAAGCCAUGUUUGCCCAACCUAGCAGCAACUAAUUCAUGUAAUUUGCAAUCUGACUAUUGAGAUACAAUGAUAUAUAUAUAAAGGUAAUCGUGCAUAAAUUUGAAUAUAUAUAUUUGUAAUGGUCUAUGGACGGAGACUGAUAUCAUUAUCAUAUUAAUGGAUUUAUCAGGCAGAUGACAAAACAGUACUAUUUUUUGAUUAUUUAGAUGUGGUUUUACUUGGUUUGUAUAGAUUGAUCGUGACUGUUUAAUUAUUAACAUCAGACGAAAUAAAAUGAGGAAAGUUUUUCUCACAACAUAAUGUGUA